GCCUGGAAGCCGGAAGCUGCGGCGCGGUCCGGGCGGGAGGACUGUGGGUGCCGGCGUCCCCGCAGGCUCCGCACCCUCCGCGCCGCCUCCGCUUCCCGCCUCUCUCUCGCCUCCCGCGCUGGUCCAGAAAGGGCCCCACGGAUGUCCCCGGGACGAGCGGCCCCGGGCCCCCAGGGAACAUGGGCGUGCUCCGGGCCGGACUGUGCCCGGGUCUCACCCAGGACAUGGUCCAGCUUCUGCGGAGCCGCGGGAUCAAGACAGUGGUGGACCUGGUUUCAGCAGACCUGGAGGAAGUAGCCCAGAAAUGUGGCUUGUCUUAUAAGGUCCUGGUUGCCCUGAGGCGGGUGCUGCUGGCUCAGUUCUCAGCUUUCCCCUUCAAUGGCGCUGAUCUCUACGAGGAGCUGAAGACCUCCACUGCCAUCCUGUCCACCGGCAUUGCAAGCCUGGACAAACUGCUGGACGCUGGUCUCUAUACUGGAGAAGUGACUGAAAUCGUAGGAGGCCCAGGUAGCGGCAAAACCCAGGUAUGUCUUCGUGUGGCUGCAAACGUGGCCCAUGGCCUGCAGCAGAACGUCCUAUACAUCGAUUCCACUGGAGGGCUCACAGCUUCCCGCAUUCUCCAGCUACUUCAGGCCAGAACCCCAGAGGAGGAGGAGCAGGCGGGAGCUCUCCAGAGGAUCCAGGUGGUGCGUGCGUUUGACAUCUUCCAGAUGUUGGAUGUGCUGCAGGACCUGCGAGGCGCUGUGUCCCAGCAGGUGAGCAGUUCUUCAGGGACUCUGAAGGUGGUGGUUGUGGACUCGGUCACUGCGGUGGUCGCCCCACUUCUGGGUGGUCAGCAGAGGGAAGGCUUGGCCUUGAUGAUGCAGCUGGCCCGAGAGCUGAAGACUCUGGCCCGGGACCUCAGCGUGGCACUGGUGGUGACGAAUCACAUGACCCGAGACAGGGACAGCGGGCAGCUCAAACCUGCCCUGGGACGCUCCUGGAGCUUUGUGCCCAGCACCCGGCUUCUCCUGGACACCGGCCAAGGUGCAGGAGCAUCAGGCAGCUGGCGCAUGGCAUGUCUGACCAAAUCUCCCCGUCUGCCAACAGGUUUCCAGGAGAUGGUGGACAUUGGGACCUGGGCGACUCCAGUGCAGAGCCCAACAUUACAGGGAGAUCACAUGUGACUUGCUGUUGAUUGGGACAAACCCUCCCACCAUGGGAAAUGGUGGCUGCAUAGAAGCUCUUGGGCUGGGCAGACAUCUUAGUCCUUAGCUCCUCUCUCUGGAAACACAGUGUUACUGGCUAGAGAGGAUGCUACUGUGGAAGGACCCAGAAAUUCAUGCCGGUACCAGGUUUUCCUCCCUUGUGUCUACUACGUAUGUUUCCAGCAGGUGUCGAGUUCAGUGUCUUGGGCAUCUCUGAAGAGGCAUGCUGGUGCCUGGACAGAUAACCCUGUGCAUCGCCGUACUGCACUCCAUCCUAACACAGUGACCGAGUCUGAGGCCUCUAGCUUGACUUUGCUUCCCUUCUUCUUCUUUUUGUUUUUCCAUCUGUAAGAUGGGGCUCCCUUUCUUUUAACUCUCUCUUUGAGUUACCGGGUGGAAUUAACCUUGUAAGUGCAAAACUCUUUAUCUAGGUCCUGAUAUUAAAAACAUACAAAGGAAAUUCUCUGAGCCCCAGAGCCAUCCAUUUUCCCCCCAGAAGGUGGUUUUUCAGUUUCCCCUAGUGAGGCCUCAAAGAAUGGUUAUUCCUCUUUCCCUCUUGCCCAUUUGGUUUCACAAACCUGCAUGCAUCACCAUGACCAGGUGAGACCGGGAGCUCACUGCAGUCCCAGGAAUAUAAUUUAACAGGAAGGGAAGAUGUGACCUGGUCCCCGUGAAUCCAGCCACUUGUUUAACGUGCGUGGUGCCCUGUGGGGCCCCUCCACAGUGUCGAGUAACCAGAGGUGCUGAACCAUGGCCUUGCCCAUAAACAGACAGAGGAGAAUUUGCACAGUAAGUAGAGCCAGCUGGGAAAAUUGAUGCUGGCAUAAAUAAUACAUGGUAAAUCUAGUCCUUUAUGUAGAAAUUCAUUGCCAGUGGCUCCAACAUGCAAUAUAAUUACCCCUCUCUUCCUGCCAGCUGUACCACAGCCUAGUGCCCUAGUGUAUGAAAUAACCCCCCUGUCUGUUAUGGGCACUGUGGCCAUCCCUCUUCAAGCUAUAACUCUGGCUGGGUGGGGAGGAGGACACCAGGGAAGAGGAAAUAAAAGACAAAGGAGAGAAAUGAUCAGGAUUGUUCACUGACCACAAUUUUUUUUUUUUUUU